AUGGAUCUUGAAUUAAAGUUUGAUUUCCAUUUGGGGGAUCUGCUAACGGAUCUACCAGUUGCAUCCGAUAUGAAACUCAAAAAUCUGACAGCGAACGGACUUCGUGGAGCAGCCUUUGCGAUAUCACAGUGUACGAGAUUUUCAGGUGCACCUGGCCAAGGAAACUGCACAAACUCGGAAUUCCAAAUCAAGAAUGUGGUGAUCGAAGGCCUUUCGGGUACCAGCAAAUCAACGCGAGUAGCAAGCCUGCAGUGCAGUGCGAUUGCCCCUUGCACCAACAUCACAAUCUCGGAUACAACUUUGCAUCUUGAGAAUGGUACUCUGGCAAAUGGGUAUCUUUGUGGGAACGUCGAGAAUGCAGCCGGGUUUGAAUGCAAUGGUGUUCCUUGUGUGGGUGGAAGCGCGACUGGUGAGUGCUAG